CCAGGAUGUUAUUUCUUCCUUUGAGCGAAUGGUAGCGGAAACGAAUACGACAAGGCCACCUGCCUUCCUGUCGCCUGGCUCCCUUGUCUUGAUUCAGAAGAAGGGAACUGGCCGAGCGGAGAGAUCAUGGAUGAAUUUUCUGACCCUGAUUUGGCAGUUAUGGGUGAAGAAUCAAAAUCUGAGAAUGGAGAGAAUGCUCCUGUCUAUUGCAUCUGUCGCAAACCUGAUAUCAAUUGUUUCAUGAUAGGCUGUGAUCACUGCAAUGAAUGGUUCCAUGGCCACUGCAUUAACAUUACUGAGAAGAUGGCAAAAGCAAUUUGGGAAUGGUACUGCAUGCAGUGCCGAGAGAGAGACCCCACCCUUGAAAUCCGAUAUAGGCACAAAAAGUCCAAGGAAAAGGACCGUGAAGGUGACCGUGAACGUGCUGAAAAAGAUGAGAUGCGUGUGAAAGCCCAAGAACUGGCCCUGGAGCAGAGCCGCAACUCCAAACAAAUCAAGCGCUCGGCCCGCAUGUGUGGAGAAUGUGAGGCCUGCCGGCGCACAGAGGACUGUGGGCAGUGUGAUUUCUGCCGGGACAUGAAGAAGUUUGGUGGGCCUAACAAAAUCCGUCAGAAAUGCCGCCUGAGGCAGUGCCAGGUUCGGGCUCGGGAGUCCUAUAAAUAUUUUCCAGCUUCGAUGUUACGGGGGCGGGAGGAUGAUCUGCAGAUGCUAAAGGAACAGCUAGAAUCGGCUGCCACACCUGAGCCUCUGUCGGAUGAUGAUCUGCACAUAGACCCCGAUUUGUAUCAGGAGCUUUGUUCAGGGGCCUUCGAUGAUCAGAAUCUGCCAUGGCUCAGUGACACAGAUGAUGUGCCCUUCCUUGAUCCCGUGUUGCGGAAACGUGCAGUGAAAGUGAAGCACGUCAAGCGCAGGGAAAAGAAGUCAGAGAAGAAGAAGGACGAGAAAUACAAGCGACACAAGCAGAAGCAGAAACAUCGUGACAGGUCAAAACAUGCCGAACGAGUGGAUGCCAAAGAUCCUUCUUCUUUACAUCAGUGUCUGGGCCCCGGCUGCAUUCAGGCUGCCCGGUCUAGCUCCAAGUACUGCUCCGAUGAAUGCGGAAUGAAGUUGGCAGCCAACCGCAUCUAUGAGAUCCUCCCACAACGCAUACAGCAGUGGCAACAAAGUCCAUGUGUGGCAGAGGAGCAUGGCAAGAAGCUGCUGGAGCGGAUAAGGCGGGAGCAGCAGCAGGCCCGGCUUAAGUUACAAGAAAUGGAACGCAAAUUCCAUGAAUUGGAAGCUCUUAUUGUCCGGGCUAAGCAGCAGGCUAUCAAGGAAGAUGAAGAGGUACCUGGAAAAUGUGGAGGAGGAGGAGACAGAAUUGAUGGACACCAUCUUAGAACAGAUAGGGGAGCUUGGAUAUAUAUCUUACUGGGUCCGGCAGGCAGCAGUGCUGGAGGAGGAGCCCUUUCUUCCACUGCCAGUGUGAGGUGUGAUGGUCUGCAGAAAGUGGAGAGUGCAGUGGGAGAGGAUGGCAAAGUGUGGCGCACUUGGUUGCUUGGGAAGGCAACUGUGGCUCCCCAAGUGAAGGUGGCUAUGGGGAAGUCACUCAGGGUGGCAGCAGAACUGGAAGAAAUGGACAAGGAUUUCCCAGAAGCGCUGCCUAUACUUCACACCUUGCGUUGGAAAAACUCCCGAAAUUAUGCAUGGUUGUUGUUUUUUCCCCCUAGAGCUACUCGUCUUUUCUGUGAUGUCUACAACCUACAAAGCAAGACAUACUGCAAACGUUUGCAAGUCCUGUGCCCAGAGCAUUCCCGUGACCCAAAAGUUUCGGCAGACGAGGUGUGUGGUUGCCCCAUGGUAAAAGAUGUCUUUGAGCUCACUGGAGAUUUCUGCCGGGUGCCCAAACGGAAAUGCAAUCGGCACUACUGCUGGGAGAAGUUGCGCCGGGCUGAGGUGGACUUGGAGCGAGUGCGUGUGUGGUACAAGCUGGAUGAGCUGUUUGAGCAGGAACGAAAUGUUCGGAUGGCUAUGACUAACCGGGCUGGGUUGCUUGCCCUCAUGUUGCAUCAGACAAUCCAGCACGAUCCACUGACCACAGAUUUGCGCACAACUACUGAUCGUUGAGCUGGUGCUUUCUUGAUUGCUGAUGAGGCCUUCAUUAUUCAGUGCCAACUGAACCCGAAUCUUUUUAAAUUAUUUUUCUUAAUCUCUUUUUUCAUUCAAACUGUCUGGUCUUAGCCCACUCUCCCCAUCACUCCUGUAGAAUCUAGUUUUUCUUGAUCCUAAUCUCUGUGUCAGUAUUAUAGCCUUGCUGUGAACAGUCCUUUUUUAAUUAUUUUUUUACAUUAUUACAGUUCUAAGGUAGAAAUCUGACAAUAGGGUCUUGGGAGAAAGGAAUGUACUGAUGGAUCUUUCUGGUUUGUUAACCUUGCCCUUCCCCACCUUGACAAUAAAUAUUUGGCUCCCACUGGCUUGGAAUGUCCUUGCCAUUGAAGCAAGAUUUGCAGCAAGGAUCUUUAUAGAUAAUAGGUUCCCAUUGCCUUUCUGUGUAGCUUCUGUUGAGAACCUGGAAGUAGCAUUAGAGGCUGCUGUGAUCUGAGCAAGGGAGGGCAGUCUUGCACAGAUUUACUAGCCUAUUGUGUGUGCUACUGCCUGGAAGUGAAAAAAUAAAAACUAAUAAAGUACCCAGAAAUAUUAUUUUUGUUUGAUU